AUGCCUCCAAAAUAUAAUUCUAUUUCUGAAAUUUCUCCAUCCAAAGAAACAUGGAAUGUAUUGGUUAGAAUUGUUCGCAUGUGGUUUGUUAAAGAUAUGAAUAGAGAUGCGCUGCCGUAUUCUUUAGAAAUGGAUUUGAUGGAUAAGAAGGGUGAAAAGAUCCAUGCAACAGUUCGAAGAACAUUAAUUUACAAAUAUGAAAAGGAACUCACUGAGGGUCAUGUGUAUUCCAUAAGCAACUUUAGUGUUGCCACUAAUGUGGGAUCAUAUAGAACCACCAAUCAUGCCUAUAAAAUUAAUUUUCAAUUUGGAACUAAAAUCAAAAAAUUUGAUGACAAGUUGAUACCUGCUAAUAUAUACAUGAUCAGUGAACCUCAUAAGAUUUUUAAUGAUAACUAUGAUACCGAUUAUUUGAUAGAUGUGAUGGGAGUCUUGAAAGUUGUGGGUGUUGAAAAGGUUUAUUCUCGAAAUGGAAGCGAAUCAAAGAUGAUUCCUAUAGAGCUGAACUACGAUGGAUUCUGUUUCAAAGUUACACUCUUUGGACCUUAUGCGGACGAGUUGAACGCUUUUAUCGCAUCUGGUGAAGCAGAUAAUGCUGUCGUUGCUGUUUUGUUGGCCAAAGUCAAAAUGUUCCAAGGUCAACCAACUAUUCAAAACACCAUAUAUGCCACUAAACUGGUUUUCAAUCCUGUUUACACAUCUGCGGUUGAUCUCAAGAAAAGGAUGCUUGGGAAAAGUGCUACUCCAUCACCUGGUAUUUCUCUAUUAAAAGAUACUUCUAAAGUUAGCAAUGAGGAUGCUUUUCUCAAUUUGACGCCAAUGGCAUGA